AUGUCAGAUCUGCAAAAACAAGUCGGUCAGCUGUUUGCGGUCGGAUUCCACGGCUACACUCCAAGCCCGGAGAUCAAGGCCCUAAUCCACGAGUAUCAUGUGGGAGGCGUUGUUCUCUUCGCCCGCAACUAUCAAAAUGCCGAGCAACUUCAGGCUUUGACAUUGGCUCUGCAGAAUGAAGCUCGACUAGCCGGGCACAAGCGACCUCUGUUGAUCGGAAUCGAUCAAGAGAAUGGCCAGGUUACUCGCAUUGCUCCUCCAAUGGCCGCUCAGGUCCCGGGGCCUAUGGCUCUUGGUGCCACGCAUGAUCCAGAAUUGGCCUACCAAGCAGGAGUAGCUACGGGCGAAACUCUAGGCUUCUUCGGAAUCAACAUGAAUUAUGCACCUGUCUGUGACAUCAAUUCUGACCCAUUGAACCCGGUUAUUGGUGUCCGUAGCCCUGGCGAUGAUCCAGAGUUUGUGAGCCGGUUCGCAAGUGCCGCGGCGCGGGGCCUGCGCGAGAAGAACAUCAUUCCUAGUGUUAAGCACUUCCCCGGACACGGAGACACAUCUACGGACUCUCACUAUGGCCUUCCGGUCAUUGAAAAGACAAGAGAUGAUCUGGAGCGAUGUGAAUUAAUCCCAUUCCGCCGCGCUGUUGCUGAAAAGGUUGAAACCGUGAUGACUGCCCACAUUUCACUGCCGCACAUUGAUGACAAGCUCCCUGCCACGCUGUCCCCUAAGGCUCUUGGAAUUUUGCGCAAGGAUAUGGGCUAUGAUGGAAUGAUCAUCACGGACUGUCUGGAGAUGGACGGGAUUCGUGCUACAUAUGGUACAGAAAAUGGCUCGGUCCUUGCGCUACAGGCUGGAAGUGACAGUCUCAUGAUGUGCCACACAUUUGAGGUACAUGUUGCCUCUAUCAAGAGGGUUACUGAAGCGGUGCAAUCUGGAGAGCUCCCGCAAUCGCGAUUUGAUGAUGCUUAUCGUCAUGUCACCCAACUGAAAGACAAGUUCUUGAACUGGGAUGUGGCUUUGCGCAAAGGGGACUUUGCAGAGCUUGAUGCACUAAAGAAGAAGCACUCUGAGAUUUUUAAGGGUGUAUAUGACCGAUCAGUCACUCUUGUUCGCGACAAAGCCAAUGUCCUCCCGCUGUCGAGUACCUCGAAUAUCGUGUUCCUCUUUCCCGGAGAAGGAACCCCUGCCGGAGGCGCCGUGGAUGGAGAAGGCAUGGGCAAGGCCGGUGACUAUGAUUCCGCCAAGUACCUCAACACUCUCAAAAGGUACAACCGAUCUAUCACUAAAAUCAAAUAUCCCAAAGGCGGAUUGUCGGACGAGCAAUGGUCCGCCGUGAAAUCCGCCGAUGCGGUGGUUUUCGUUUCAAUGAACGCCAAAGAGUCACCAUACCAGAUGUCUCUAGGGAAUGCACUCCCCGGGCAGGUGAAGUCGUUAGUGUCCAUUGCUGCAUGUCAGCCCUACGACUGGCUCGAUGUCCCUGAAGUCAAAACCUAUUUAACCACAUAUGAGCCCACUGUUGAAUCUUUCUCUGUGGCGUCCGACAUCAUUUUCGGACAGAGAUCUCCCCAGGGAGCCCUUCCCAUUGGACCUGGUGUCUCAUCCAAGUCUCCUGCACCAGUGUCAAAGUUUAAUGCCGAGACGGAUCUAGAUUCAAUUGUUGCCGUUUGGACGGAAGCUUUGCCAACAUAUGUUCUGCCAGCAGAGGCUCUGCAAGCGCUGGUCGUUCGCCCCAAUGCACACCACUUCGUGGCUCGGAUAGGCUCGGACCUGGUUGGAUUCUGUCUUGCUUACAGCAAUGCUCAUGGCGAACCAAACUCUGUUGUUCACAUUGCAGUAUUGGCAGUGGCUCCGAAAUUUCAGAACCAGGGUAUUGGAACUGCGCUACUGAGUGAAACUCGCUCGUACUUCAGAAAGCAAUUCAACGUGAACUGUCUGAAACUCGGCAGCUCAUUCCCUAGGUUUUGGCCGGGGGUGCCGCGUGAGCUUCCCGGCGCUCAAGAAUUCUUCACCCAUCGCGGCUUCCGACUGAGCCCACCUGAAGCCAGGUCCUUGGACUUAUAUCAGGACAUUCGCAACUUCCAAUCGCCGGAGAAGUAUAUGAAUCGUGCGCGGGAUCGAGGAUUCCGAUUUGCACCCCUCCAGCCCGAAGACUACGAAGAGUGUUUAGUCGGACAAAGAAAGAACUUUUCCUACAAUGCUGGCUGGGUCGAAGCAUAUGUCAUGCUCCACCCCAAAGACUAUCCCUCCUGCGUGAUGACAGCUUUCGAUUCCGAAAACCGCCAAGUCGGAUGGACUCUCAUGCUCCCUCCUGUCGCGGCUCUCAACGAAGCCUGGGCUUUCCCUCAGAUAUGCGGUCCCAACACGGGUCUAAUUGGCUGCGUGGGUGUUGACGGUGAACACCGUGCAUCGGGAAUUGGGCUGGCUCUCGUGUGCCAUGCUGUCGAGAACAUGAAGGAACGUGGUAUUGAAGGUGUCUUUGUGGAUUGGGUUGCUCUGGAUGGAUGGUACGAGCAGAUUGGCUUCAAGACCUGGGGAAGCUAUCGCCCUGGAGAUAUCUGA